CCUCGAUCUGAGCUGCAGGACCAACCAAAACAUUGAAAGAAGAGGUCAGAUUCAGUUCAUCCUCGGCCUGUGUCAUGGAGCCACAAACUGAAGGCCGAGCGUGCGGCUGUGCCCGCACAUGGAGCUGCACGCCCGGCGGCACGGCAGUUCCCACAGCUUCCCCCCCUCCCGCCGCUGCCUAUGCUGUAUAACGAGAAACUUCUUACAGAUAGGUAUGGUUUGCAACAUCACCAACACCACCUACACCACCAACUCUACUUGCAGGGUGGACACCCUUGAGGGUUUGGCUUACUGUCCUGUGUUUCUCCUGGGUUUCUUCCUCAACGCCGCUGCUCUGCGCGCCUUCUUUGCCAAACGGGAGUCCUGGACAGACACGCACAUCUAUAUGCUCAACCUGGCUAUAGCUGAUUCGACCCUCAUCCUCUUCCUUCCCUUAAGGAUCUAUAAUGCCUUCAUCUGCCUACCAGUGAAUCACGUCUGUUCUUUCCUUAUUUUCACACAUUACAUCAACAUGUAUGCCAGCAUCCUGACCACCACAGCCAUCAGUGUUCAGCGCUACCUGGUUAUACGUUUCCCACUGCAGGCCAGAUCAUGGCAGAAGAAGAAAGAGGUCGCUUUUGCAGUGUGUUUGAUCCUUUGGGGACUUAUUUUGACAAUAUCUGCUAUAUUUCAUAAGGAUAAUCACCCAGAAAAACUCUUGACCUGUUAUGAAAGGUGUAAAAAUAUCCACCUUAGUCCAGUGUUUAUUGUCAUUAUGGUCGUUUGUGGCUACCUCGCUCCACUGUUGAUUGUUGUCUUCUGUUCCAGUCGCAUCAUCUCUAUUCUGCUAAAGGUAGAUGACAAGUCUGAGGAAAAGAAACGCACCAUUGGGAUAGUAACAGCAAAUAUGAUUGUUUUCAUUUUCUGCUACACGCCAAUCCAUGUUGGCUUUGUUGUCAACUACGAACCACCAGUAAAUUGGCAGUUUGAAAGGUUACCUGUACAUGUCUAUUUACAUGUAGCUGAAUGGAUCGCCUCCACCAACUGCUGUUUUGAUUCUGUCAGCUAUUCUUUUCUGCUGAAGAGAUUUUUUCGCAAGUAAAUGAGAGCACAACCAUUUAUUGGU